UCUCCAGCGGCGGAUUGGCAGAAUGUGGCCUGGAAGAUCAUGUUGGAUAAGUGCAACCGGACCGACCUUGGUUUCUGGGGCUAUUUGAUCUGUCAAGCGGCAAUCCAGCACACUUGCAUCUUAUUAUUUAAGACAAAGCUCUUGCCCCCGUGGAAGCAUCCGGCAUUUAUCAACCAUCCGCCAUCAGCUGCACACACCACAGAAGAUAACCUAUUCCAACCGACACUCCUCCCAGCUCCUUUCGCUCUCAAAUCAGGAUCUCCCUCCAGGCGACAUUAAGAAGCCUUAAUUUUGAGCACACCACUCCAGUGUUCCGUUAAAUUAAAUUAAAUCAAACGAAAUCACACUCGUUGACGUCAACUCACCAGACCGAUAAGCGUUUGAUCACGAUGGUUAUGCUCUCAUUGACGAUUUCGCUCUUGGCGACUUUCCAAGCCGCCUUCGCUCAAGAUGCCAACGCCAACAGCAACUCAUCCCCAGCCGCCCCAUCGGCUGGUGUUAACUCGACUGGCGAUGCAUCAAGUGCGUUGGCUGAUGCGGCUUCAAAAGCUGUAUCUGCUGUGGCUAACACUACGGGAUCCGCUAUCAACGGUACUCAAAGCUUGGUGUCUAAUGUGACUACCCCUGCGGUUGACGAAGCCAGUUGCGGGAGCGCUUCCAAGAAUAUCAAUGCUUGCUUGGAACAUGUCCACAAGGACGUCUCUUCUUGCCAUCAAACCGAUGACACUUGCCUGUGCCAGACAUACGCCAACUUGGCGAGUUGCUACAACGGCUGCCCGAGCCUCGCCGCCCAGGGAGAGCAAUACAAGUCCCAGUCUGCUCAGCAUUGUAGCAUGCCCGGUGUCGCCGAGAAGAUGAAAGCUGCCGCCGAGAAAAACUCUACAACCACGGCUACGGCUACGCAUCACAAUACGACCAGUGAUAACUCAAACGGACAACCGAAGAUGUCGGCCAAGUCGGCAGCCUUUGGAAGGGUGGAAGCUUCUUCCUUAGGAGUGUCGUCAAUUUUUUCCUUCGCUUUAGCUGUAAUUCUCGCGUAGUUUCAUCAAGAUUUUUUUUUUUCAUCGUCGGGUGCCACUGCCAGUCGUGA